GAUCAACAAUGUCUCCAUCACCAUCCCCACGUGAAACCAAUAAACAAUCAAAGAAUCUUCAAUCAAAACGUCGAGUUGUACGCAAAUGUGACGCAGCCACCGCUGUGAAAUCAGUAUCACCUCUACAAAAACGCGCAAAACAAACGAAAAAAGUCAAUGAAUCCUUCACAAAAGAAAACUUUAGUGAUGCAGCGUGGUUUGGACCAAGUAAUGUAUCUCCAACAUCACCAGGUGCUAAAUCACUAAGAUCUAGUAAAAGUAAAAGUAAAAAUAUGCGUCAAGCACAAUCAAAAGCAUCCACAACUGCAUCCGGAUUAAGAAUGGAGAAUAAAAAUACAAAAUUAUCGCGAAAAUUCGCAAGUUCCAAUUUUCAUGAAGUGCAACAAACGACAAAAGUGGAAAGUUACACUGGUGGGCACGUUGUAAGACUUACCAGUGAUAGUAAACAGGAUUGGAGUGUGAUAAUGCACACACAAAAAUCACCUACACGAUAUGAAUUGCGUCAAAGUUCACCACUGCCAGCGAAUAACAUCCUGGAUGAAAUCACACUCAAAGAUUUAGAACCGUUGAAAGCUGAAUAUCCACGACGUGAUCAUCUAGUCGGUAGUAAUCAACGCCUGGAAGACACAUUACUCUAUAAACUAGUAAAUGGUAAUCCUACAUCAAUAGAAACCCUGGUGAAUGUCACCAGUAGCAUCGUCAGAGCCUUCGAGGAUAAAGACAAAGAGAAACGUGUGCCGUCCGCUGCACAAUUUGUCACAUCGCCGAAAACCAUGUAUAAUAUGAUGCCGGGUGCAGCACCGCUGUAUGUCUCACAACUUACAACUAAAACACCUAAAGUAGUACCCAAUACACCAGCACCAGUGAAAAAUCAAGCAAAAGGUGAUGGUUCUACACGUGCAGGAAUCUAUCGCAGUCAGGGAGAACAACGUGGACAUCCAAGGAAACCUCCAAGUGCAAAGGAAGCUAUUUUAGCGCAUUCGAAACGCAUAGCGAUUAAACUCUCAGAGAUAAAACCAGCGAAACAAGAGCAGCAGUUUUAUAAACAAGCGAGUACCAAGGAUGCAAGGCGAAGAUUGAAGAAAUAUAUUGCGGAUCCGAAUAAAACCCAUCAGAAGUACAUGGUUAUGAUGGUACAUACUGUGGUUUAUGAUAAUUAUAAAUUCCAACCAGAAAAUGGUGGAUUUGAGGUUAAAAGUCACCAGGAAAAGAGUCCAGAGGAUAUUUUAUCUAAAUAUAUCUAUCUUGAUAUUGAUGAUGGUUCAAGAUGUAAAUAUAAACCUGUGAGGGAGUAUACAGUGGCGAUUAUGACUACUCCAAGUAAUAUACAGAAUAAAAAGAGUGGAACUAAUCAGUUGAGACCAACAAAUGAUAGGGAGUCAGAUUUACGAGUAAAUCGAUCUUUAGGUUAUGGUGGUGGUAGUGGUGGGGGUAAUACUCAUCAGAGACGUGGUGUUACACCGACAAUGUCUACACCUACAACACCUAAACAAAAUAUGGGUGAAACAACUUGGAAGAAUGUGAUUCGGACUUGUUACCAGCCGCCAUUGGCGCCGCAAUCAAAACGCGUGCAAAUGGAUGGGACACAAGUUGGGAAUAAGGUGAUUGAUCCUUUGGAGGUUAAGAGUAUCAUCUCAAGGAUGGAAUUGGAGUUGAAACAAGUUGUAGAGGAUCCUAAAAUUGAAAAUAAAGAAAUGGUAAUCAAAGGAUUACAAGAACAAAUGGAAUGGAUUUUAUCCACGCUGGAAGGCCAAACAACAGCAAUAAAAAAGCGCAGGGAAUUGAAUCAAAAGAAUUCAAAACUAUCAAAUCAAAACAAAAAACCUAUCGAAAAAUCCCUCCGUGAACCAAUUUUAAAACCCGUAGAAGUUUCCAACUCUAAACCAUCAAAACUUACUCUUACUUUACCUCCAGUUUUAAUAGAAAAAGAAAAAGAACAACCUUCACUAAAUAUCCUCGGUAGUGAAUUAAAAAAGACCCAAGCAACAACAACAAUCCUACCACCGCCAUUACCAAGUGAAUGUGACCGGGAAUGUCAAGCAUCCGCAGUUUCCGAUGAAAUGCAAGCGCAGUUGAUGUGCAAAUGGCAAGCAUUGGAACAUCCCUCAGGAGAAUCUUUAGAAAUCGCCAGUCUUAAAGACCUUAGUGUACCAUCCACACAUUCAGGAGAAGUUACAACACCUGUAGUUGUAUUAGAACCGAAAAAGGUGAUAAGUCGACCGGAAACACGCCGUGAAGGAAGAGCAUACUUAGGAAAUACUAAAAAGAGUAAUUCUACACUUGGCAGCAGUCAAGAAAGAUUCCAAACUGUGCAUGAAGGAUCCCUCAAUAGAGAUGGCAGGAAAAGCUUUUCGAAUACAGAGAAAAUGAUGGGUGAAAUACUUGCAAAGAUACAAUUACAAGAAAAUGAAGAUAAAAACGAAGAUGAUGUUGAUGUUGCAAGUGUGUAUAAUUCAUGCGCAGAAUCUGGAAUAGAUAAUCUAGAACCACCAGUAAAAGAAAAUAUACAAUCAAAACUAACACCUGAAGAAAUAAUCCAAUACCAAGAAAACAUCAAACUAUUAGAAUCACAGCUGGGUGAAGAAACACAGCGUUUUGUCGAUGAAAUGGACGAAGUUAUCAAACAAAUCGAGAGCCAAACAAACGCGCCGGGCGUUUCAUCAAAUGAUAUACUCACACCUUUCAUGGAUGCAGUUAAAGAAUAUCAAAAUGAAGAAGAAUUAUACACAACAGAACCGCUGUUAUCCAUAGAAUACGCCCGAGGUGUUGAGUGUGUUUUGGAAACACAUUCAGGCGUAAAACACGUUGCAACAACAACCAAUUCAAUACAAAUCAACGAACCGAUCAAAAUCCAAAUAAUACCAGUGAGUGAAAAACAAUCAGAGCUGGAUAUUGAGGUUAUGGACCAAGCAACUGAUUCACAUCCCAAACCGAUAUUACCUAUGACUUCCAAAGAGAUUUCAUUCACGUUGAGUCAUGAAAUGCGGAAGAAUAUUAAAACUAUCAAUGAUAAUAAGAUAAAGUUGAAGAAUAGUCCAAGAGAUUAUGAUUUACAGUUGCCUAAAGCUAAGGAUUCACCGAUGAUACAAGAUAUACGCCGGUCAUUGUUCAAAAUGAACACUGAAUCAAGAAUAUCAUCGCUACAGAGUAAACAUUGGCAUCAAAAACAUUCUGAGAUGUCUGAUAAGUCCACAACAACUGUAUCCAUGACGAAUUUACAAGAUCUACAAGAUUUCCAAGAACAUACCAAUAAAAUAGGUCCGCGUAAAAGUAAAUCUGAAAUAACUUUGAUAAAACAAACGAUUUCACCCGGUUCAAGCCUCAAACGCACUGUGGAAUUAGUCGAGAGUGCAAUCAGUGCUAAAAUGAAGAAGUUCUUCAAUGAGUCUGGUUUAUCAGCGGUGAGUGACAGUGUUGAUUCGAUUGUGUCCGCUGCACUAGCCGCAACACUCACAAGACAACAAAAAGAAAAUCUUGAGGAAGAAAAUGGCGGCGGUGAAUGUAAACCGCGUGAUUUCGGUCGAUUAUUGACGUUUGUCUACAGCGUCAUGUUCACGAUUAUGUGUCUAGGGUUGAAUUGGUGUCCUACGUGCAUUUCGUCUUGAACAAAACUGAACUUGACUUGACAAGAGUGGAAAUAAUGUUUGUGAAAUUUUCCAAUUUGCCAAUGAUAAAUUAAAUAAAUUAACCAAAGUGAUAUUCAAA